AUGUUUUCACAUAUUUCCCUAGCUCUGACGGCAGCUUUGCUGCUAUCUACAGCAUUUGCUUCCAAAUCUGCUGAUGUGAAUGUUCUUUACAACUUCGGAAAUAGUACUUGGGCCGAGAACCUUGCAGUGCGCGCCAAUGGUCAGAUUCUUGUUUCGCGGCUCGACAAACCUGAGAUCCUUCAAGUCGAUCCAACGGGCGCCAAUUCACCCAUUACUGUUGCAUCCUGGGACUCGCCAACCAUGUCUGGUUGUCUAGGAAUAUCUGAGACGACGCCAGACAUGUUUUACGUGAUUACUGAUGGCGUGUACAAUGCCGAUUCUGUCCUCACGUCGGGAGUCAACAGCAUUUGGGAGAUUGACAUGAGUACAUUUGCCGUAUCUAAGAAAACGGGUGCAGUUGUAUCAAACGCAACUGUGUCCAAGCUAGUCGACAUAACAACCUCGGGGCUUCUCAAUGGCCUUACCACUCUCACUGAUCACACUAUUUUGGCUGCGGAUUCGCACAACGGCUGGGUAUAUCAUAUCAACACCCACAGUGGAGAUUAUAAGGUUGCUAUAAACGAUGAGAAGAUGAAGUUCGACUACUUCCCAAAUCCAACCCUCAACAUCGGCGUGAAUGGCAUCAAAGUUUACGACGGACACCUCUACUGGACGAACACGGCCGCUGGAACUUUGAACCGCAUCGGCAUCACAGGAAAAGGCACUCCUGUUGGAAAAUCGGAAAUUCUCGCCAAUAACGUACCGAAGGCCGACGAUUUUGUAAUCCGGAGUGACGGUACCGCCUUCAUUGCCCAAAACCAGGUGCAGGGGAAUGAGCUAAGUGUUCUGUACCCCAAGUCUCACGUCGCCCAUGUUAUUGCAGGCAGUAACACGUCAACAAUCGUGACGGGCGUUUCUGCGGGCAAAUUUGGCCGGUUGCAAAAUGACAAGCAUAUUCUCUAUCUUACCACAGGUAGUAGCUCAGUGACUAUGCCCGGAACGGUUUCAUGGGUCGAUACUACCAAAAUUUGA